AUGCCAAUGGACUUGUAUAAACAUUGUUUGCUCAAGCAGCAUUCUGGCUUAUUGGUUGUGGAGUUUUCGACUUCCAAAACCGGCAAGCACGGUCAUGCAAAGUGUCACUUUGUUGCUAUUGACAUCUUCAAUGGGAAGAAGCUUGAGGAUAUUGUUCCCUCAUCCCACAACUGUGAUGUUCCUCAUGUCAACCGUACUGACUAUAUGCUGAUUGAUAUCGCUGAGGAUGGAUUUGUGAGUCUGCUGACUGAGAAUGGUAAUACUAAGGAUGACCUGAGGCUUCCAACCGAUGACAAUCUGCUGACACAGAUCAAGGAUGGAUUUGGUGAUGGAAAAGAUUUGGUUGUUUCAGUGAUGUCUGCUAUGGGAGAAGAGCAGAUCUGUGGCCUUAAGGACAUCGGCCCCAAGUAAUUGUCCUUCAUGAAUGGGGAAUGCUUCAAGACUGGGACUUUAAACAGAACCACAUAAUAGUAGCUUACU